GUUUCUGCUUUUUAAACAAUGGAAUCAUCUUCCAGUUGCCAAAUGUUCAUAUACAGAGCCCCUCCAUAAUCCCGUCCACCUAAUCCCGAAGUCGUCCCAAAAAUGUCGUUUUGCUCGUCCCUUUCCCCAGAAUUGGCGCCCUCCGUUUACCCUUUUUCCCCUUGCUUUCAAUUCUUCCAACAGUUCUUAAUCACUAUUUAGACCCAGAAUCAUUCCAACAGCUGCCGAAUCCAGCUUUCAGAACAACUGCACCAAGCCAAAAGAAACGAAGCUAGAGAAGAAGAGUCAUCACCGUCAUCAGAAGAAGAAGGAAUUCGUCGUCGUCUCGUAACUGUCCUCCAACGUAAUACAGUAGUAACCCAUUCCAGCUUUUUCAAACCCAUCCCUUUUUCCUCCACCAGCAAACGUCCAAAAUAGGCCAUGGCAGAAGUGUGAAGCAGUCCGUUCCGUUCCCUCGUUAACCCCACGCUUUCCCCAUGUAGCAACAAUUUUCUUUCCCCUCCCCGCCUUCACAUUUUUUCCCUAGCGCUUGAUCCGAAGCUGUUUUUUCGGUUGUAGAAAGAGAAAGGGAAAGAGGGUCCAUUGAAUUCCACGUUCUUCCCCUGUCUCUCUCCGCUUGUUAUUCACUCUGUUUGGAGUUUUGACUGCAAAAGGGCAUCUGGGUUGGGGCUAAUUUGUGAAAGUUGGGGAAGGACGUAAAUGGGUUCUGUUGGUUGAUUGUUGAAUUUUCUGGAAGUGAAGUUGGUUAGGGUGAAGAGAUGAGCGGGAGAGGGUCGUCGUCCGGUGGUUCUCCGGCGGAUUUCGGGCUGGGGAAAGUGGUGGUUGUGGCUGUUAAAGCUGCUCCCAAGGAGAUUCCGACGCGUGCUCUGGUUUGGGCGCUUACUCAUGUUAUUCAGCCUGGGGAUUGUAUCAGGCUUCUGGUUAUCCUCCCACUUCACUCCCCAGGUAAAAGGGUUUGGGGUUUCUCAAGAUUCACCGGCGGCGAUUGUUCUGCUGGUAACAAAAAGCUCUCGUUCUCGGCCUCCAUGUUGAACCAGAGAGAUGGGGUUUCAGAGCUUUGCUCCCAAAUGAUGAAUCGGCUUCGUGAUGCCUAUGACAUUGAUAAGAUAAGAUUCAGGGUGAAGGUUGUUUCUGACUCAACAACUGGAGUGGUGGCUGCAGAAGCAAAAAAUUCAGAGUCAAACUGGGUGAUUUUGGACAAACAUUUGAAACACGAGAAGAAAUGCUGCUUGGAGAAGCUAGAUUGCAAUCUUGUGGUGAUGAAAAAGUCACGUCCAAAAGUGCUUCGAUUGAAAGUAAACGGAUCGCUCAAGCUGGAACCUGAAGUUGUUUCCUUCCCAUGGCCACUACAACCAGUUGGUGUCAUUGAUGAACCGCCUCCUCGAACCUACUUCGACAGCAAAGAUUACAAUGAUACGUUAAGGGGACCAUUUGUGACCCCAGCUAGCUCUCCCGAGCACGAGUUCUCGAUGACUACAACAGAUAUUGGUACAGGCAGCUCGUCCAGAUCGAGUUCAGAACCAGGAGCUUCACCAUUUCUUAUGCGUGCCAAUUUCAGCAACUUGAAGAACAACCCUUCCUUCGUAGCCCAAAGCCGAUACGAUUCUGACUCUGAUACAGACGCUACUGAAAUAUCGACCCCUCAUCUCAGGAGAUCUUAUCAAAGGUCUUGGAUGGAUGAUGCCAGUGGCGAGAUCAGGAAGCAUGUGUUGAGGGGUUUGGAUACAGAUGGUGAUGACACAUGUCUCAGUUCAGCUUACAAGAAUUUGCUCACAAGUUUGUCUAGAUUGGAUAAUGACUCUGAAUCAGUUGCACUUGCAUCCUUUAAUUCACCAAUUGAUGUCAGGCUGAGCAAAAGUGUGAGGGAAGCCAUUUCGUUAUCCGGAAAUGUGCCUCUUGGCCCUCCUCCAUUGUGUUCAAUGUGUAAACACAAGGCCCCUGGAUUUGGGAGCCCUCCAAAGUGGUUCGCCUAUGGGGAACUUGAAGCUGCUACAAAAGGGUUUUCAAAGGAGAAUUUCUUGGCUGAAGGUGGGUUUGGCUCGGUUUACCGGGGUGUGUUACAAGAUGGUCGGGUGGUCGCUGUGAAGCAGCAUAAAUCCGUUAGCUCUCAAGGCGACGUUGAGUUCUGCUCGGAGGUAGAGGUUUUGAGCUGUGCACAACAUAGGAAUGUGGUGAUGCUAAUUGGAUUCUGCGUGGAGGGUGGAAGAAGGCUGCUUGUUUAUGAAUAUAUCUGCAAUGGAUCUCUAGAUUCACAUCUCUUUGCAUUGAACAAAGAUCCAUUGAUAUGGGCUGCGAGACAAAAAAUUGCAGUUGGAGCAGCAAGAGGGCUAAGAUACCUUCAUGAAGAAUGCAGGGUUGGCUGUAUUGUCCAUCGUGAUAUGAGGCCUAACAACAUCCUUGUCACCCACGACUUUGAACCCAUGGUUGGGGAUUUCGGACUAGCAAGGUGGCAGCCACAUGCAGACCUGGGGGUCAGCACAAGAAUCAUUGGAACAUUUGGUUAUUUGGCGCCAGAGUACGUUCAAAGCGGGAAAAUCACAGAGAAAGCUGAUGUGUAUGCUUUUGGGGUAGUACUAUUGGAGCUGGUCACAGGAAGAAAGGCUAUAGAUGUGGGAAAGCCCAAAGGACAGCAAUGUCUGACCGAAUGGGUAAAUGAUAAAACUCAGGCACGUCCCUUGCUGGAGAAGAAAGCCACCAUUGAACUGGUUGAUCCGCGGUUGAACAACUGCUAUCUGGAGCCGCAGCUGAGUAACAUGAUGCAGUGUGCCCUGCUGUGCCUCCAGCGCGAUCCUGAUUUCAGGCCCCGAAUGUCUCAGGUACUACGUAUGUUGGAAGGUGAAAUGGUGAUGAACUCGCCCAGCCAAACUUGAAUGUGACCUGAAAAUGAAGGUCAUCGAGAGCGAAUUAAAAGCCACGGAGCUCUUGAAAGAUAAGGCAUCAUAACAAGGCUAGUUUUUCCUGAAGCAGUGCAGAUUGGUUUGUUAGUUUAGUGGCGGUGACGUUCAUAAGAAGAAAGGGGAGAUGUUCAUCAUCUUCUUCAUUGCAGUGUUGUUUUAUUGUUUGAUUAGCUUGAUUUGAGUUGUUAUGUUGGAACUUUGGAUGUAUAGGAAGGGGAGAAGCUUGAUUGUUGAUUAUAGAUGCAUAUAUUCUUAUGAGUUAUGACGUGUUUUGUAUCGCAAUUUCCCAC